CGCACGCUGCAGUUCCUAGCCGUCACCAGCCAUCUAAUCUCAUAUCGUAGCGGAGUCCAGAUGAAGGUGAGGGUGGCGUGGCGCCGUCCUCUGUUUACCUGAGACACCUGUACCCCCGUGUUGUUAGCACACACACACACACCUCCGCCCUCCGGCCCACAGAGGACGAAAACACGACUGCUACAAGGAUGAAGGGGCUCCCGGUGCUGUCCCUGCUCCUCUGGAUGUGUGCGGUGUACUUCGUGGGCAUCUACCUGUUCGUGGGUGGGUUCCUGCUGGUGAGGCUGGAGGUGAACAGGACCAGCACCUGCGGAGACGUGCUGCAGCCCGGAGAGGAGCCAGUGGACUUCUGCCGCGUCCAGCCGCGUUUCCGCAGGGCUGUCCUCCUCAUCAUCGACGCCCUCAAGAUCGACUUCGCCUGGUUCGACCCCAACAACACGGCGCCACGACCCUACGAGAACAAGCUGCCCGUGCUGGAGGAGACGGUGUCAUCCAGGCCUUCUCACAGCCGCCUGUACCCUUUCCGUGCCGACCCGCCUACCACCACCAUGCAGAGGAUCAAGGGCUUCACCACUGGGUCCCUGCCUACCUUUGUGGAUGUGGGGAACAACUUUGCGUCCAGUGCCAUCUUGGAGGACAACCUCAUCCACCAGUUUGGGCAAGUGGGCAAAAGAGUUGUCUUCAUGGGCGACGACACUUGGGAGAAUCUUUUCCCCAAGAAGUUCCACCGCUCUCUGCCCUUCCCGUCCUUCAACGUCAAGGACCUGCACACCGUGGACAACGGCAUCCUCCAGCACCUCUACACAACUAUGGUGGGGGAUGACUGGGAUGUCCUGGUCGCUCAUUUCCUCGGCGUGGAUCACUGUGGCCACAGGUUUGGGCCCGACCACCCGGCCAUGGCCGACAAGCUCACCCAGAUGGAUGGAGUCAUCAGGUCUGUGAUUGACCGGCUGCAGAAUGACACCCUCUUGGUCGUGAUGGGAGACCACGGAAUGACGGACACUGGAGAUCACGGUGGAGAAAGUCAGAAGGAGACAGACGCUGCCAUCUUCCUCUACAGUCCCUCCCCUCUGUUUCCCGGACCGCCGUCCCAGAGUGAACCGGACGUGGUGCCCCAGACUGACCUGGUGCCCACCCUGGCUCUGCUGCUGGGAGUCCCCAUCCCAUACAGCAGCGUGGGGCAGGUCCUCCUGCCUGUAUUCCCUCCUCACGGUCAGACUGAAGGUGCAGUUGGACGUCUCAGCCAGCUGGAGGCGCUGUGGAUUAAUGCAAAACAGGUCAACCGUUUCCUGGAGACGUACUCUGGCAUGGCCAAAGACAUCCCACCAGAGAGCCUCGCACAGCUGAAGCAUGAGUUCUCCCGCCUCUCCUCUGAGUACCUCACCACGGUCAGAGAGGGGCGGUCACCCUCCCCACAGCUGGCCGCCUCGCUGCAGGCCUACCUCACCUCUGUCAGAGACACCUGCCGGGCCACCUGGGCUCGGUUCAACCCACUGAAGAUGGCAGCAGGUUUAGCCAUUCUGGCGUUUGCUUGCCUGACAUGUUUCAUCCUGUCCGAGCUGUCACUUAUGCUGAUCAGGGAGAACGGACCCGGACUGAAGGCCCCGGUUGUCGUGGCGCUAAUCGCGGGGGUUUGUGUGGCUGCUGGUCAGCUGCUCACACAGGGCUACGUGGAGGUAGCGUGGUGUCUUGCAGCUGGCGCCCUCAGCUCUGAACUGCUCUUUCUCUGGAGAGCUCGAGGAUCCAGAGCCAUCACUGUGGAAAAGAACGGAUCGAAAGCACCAAAGUGCGCAAGCUGGCUGACCCCACGCCGCAUCCUCAUCCCCCCUCUGUUGGUGCCGCUGCUCCGCUGCGCCUCCCUGCUCUCAGACAGCUACGUGAUCGCUGAAGGCCGGGCGGUGACCUUUCUGGUGUUCUCUCUGGCUCUUUACAUUCCCAUCCAUCUCAACUGGGAGGGCCUGCUCCUGCCCCCCAGCCAUGACCCUCUGAAGGCUGCAGGGAUCCUGCCCUCCCCAGCCGUGUCCCCGUCGACUGUGAGGAAAGAAAGCAGCACCCUCCUGGCCUGCUUAGGACUCCUCGUUGGCAGCCUCUACCUCUCCCUUUCCUUCCACGCGUGUCGGGAGGAACAGGGCUCCUGCCAGCCGUCUCCGUUUCUCUCUCCUCUGUCCCGCUUGCAGGACAGCCAGCUGAAAAACCUCCACUACGUCCUCUCCGUCUUCUCCCUGGGCUUGUGGACGUAUCUGCUGAGGCGCUGCCUCCGCCAUUAUGGUAACCUCAACUCCUCCGGCGGGACGGUGUUCACGGCCCGCUGGAUCCUGCCGCUGCUGUCUGUGUGCCUGGCGCUGCACUGGGCUGUUAGUGCCACUCCAGAGGACAGCUUCAGGAAUCUGGCCGAGCUGAUUAGCCUGGCCCAGCUGGCUCUCCCCAGGGCCGCCUUCUGUCUCCUGGGAGUGGGGCUGUUCCUGAUCUGGCUCGACCCCCUCACUGUGUUUGUGAAGACCAGGGCUGCAGCUUCAACCAGAGGUCCAUCCCUACCCCCGCCCCGCUACCGAGCGAGCACUGGCAUCAGCCCCCAAGCCGAGCUGCACCACCUCAUCCCCCAGAUCUACCAACGCAUGCGCCGGUCCCUGGACGACGGAGAGCUGAGCGGAGGCAGCGAGGUGGACAGCAGGCCCGCUGUGGAGGCCUAUGGACUGGGAACUGUCUACUCUGCCCCUUUGCUGCUGUUCUGCGGCCUGCUGGGAAUCGGUCUGCUGCUGCUGCACCCGGAGGGCAUGGCUGUGUCUUUCCUCCUGCUGCUGCUCGAAAUGGGAGCUCUGUUGCACAUUCACGCUUCCUCCACUUCCCUCAAAGGCCUGCAAGGAACAUACUCUGGUGGCUUUAAUGUGCCCUGGACUCCAGUAGUGCUCUGGUCCCUGGCUGCCACCCAGUUCUUUCACGCCACAGGUCACCUUCCCACAUUCCCGUCCAUCCAAUGGGGCGCCGCCUUUGUGGGAUUCCCUGGUGGACACACAGGCACCAUACUGCCCGCCUCACUGGUUACCCUCAACACUUUUGCCUCACACAUCUUGUUUGCAGUGGGUUGUCCUCUGCUGCUGUUCUGGCCCCUGGUGCGCGAGGCACGUGGCAGCAGGGGAGGAAGAGCCUGCGGGGAUGAGGGAGAGGACGCAGUGAUGGAGAUGAGACUGAGAGAGAACCCCCAGCAGUUCAGCGCCGCCCUCCUUCAACUCUCAACACGCUACCUCUUUAUUCUUGGAGCACAGGUCUUUGCUUCAGUCUGUGCAGCUGCUAUCCUCAGGAGACACCUAAUGGUGUGGAAGGUUUUUGCACCCAAGUUAAUGUUCGAGGCCUCAGGGUUCCUGAUGAGCAGCGUGUCUCUGUUGAUCGGGGUCACAUUAGUGCUGAGAGUAGACCUAGCAGUGAGCCGCUGGUUUAAGAGACUUAUCCCCGAUGCAUCCAGGUAGCGAUGGCACUCCUGCUGUUUUACCACAGAAGGCCACCAGAGCUCACUGUGCCACAGAGAAAACGGACAUUGCAGUGUCACUGUAAAGUUUUUAUAUGGAAGUUUCGCACACACAAAAAAAAACAUCGCCAUCUGUGUCUAUAGCAUGAGGAUCCCCACAAACAUGUCAUGUGAGGCUGCCACUUCCUGUUACCCUCGUGAGGGCUAUGUUGCGCAUUGCUGGCCCAGAGGGGGGGGACUUUUACAUCAAAUCUGGGACUGAGCAUGAGUCAUGUCGAAGGUGUUUUUUUACAGAGAUAAUAAGAUAAUCUUGCACCUCACUCAGCUCCAGAAGUUGAAGGCUUUUGGGGUUUCGAGUUUUAUGUGGUAAAAGAAGGAACAACAGUUUCUGAAUGUCUCUCCUGUUUUCUAACAGUAUGGAUGAAUCCGAGCUCUCCAAAACCAGACAGUCUUGUGAAUGGUUCGUAUUUCCAGCAGUCAAAAAGCUUCACUAAACACAUACAGUAAACAGUUUACACUUGCUGUAUGCCUGUCGCAGCUGGCUAGCAACAGCAUUUAAACGAAAUAGGUCUUUUUUCCCCUCAUGUCGUAACAGAGGAUUACAUACUUGUACGUGUAAGUUUAAUGUUACGGGGGAAAAAGGGAAAUAAAAGAGCAGGUGAAUGUAAGUGUCUUACUGCAGGAGCUGAACCUGUGACUCUUCAGCUACAGAAGGAACACUUAAAGGAACACUUCACCCCCUCACAUGACCAUUUGUAUAUCAAUUAGUCACCCUGUGUUGUGUUGAAUUCGUGAAGAUGCCUCAGGUGAACGAAGAAUCCAAA